GUUGUUUCUUCGAACGAGUCAGCGGGCGGCUCGGGUUUUAACUUCUGCUGUGUGGUAGAAUUACAUUGCUGCUCUGUCUUAAGAGUCAAGAAAGAGAGAGAACACAAUAUUCACAAGUCCCAGAGGAAUCGGCAAAAUGACGAAAAAGCCCCUAAUCGCGCUAGUAUUCACACUGCUCCUACUACUGUCAUCGGCUUCUCCUUCACCGCUACCGGCCAGUGUUUGCAUAAUCGGCAGCGGCAUCGGCGGAUCGUCGGUAGCUCACUUCCUCCGGCACUACUCCAAUUCGAACCCCUACGAUGCUCAGAUUGGUCAAAUCAGAAUCUUCGAGCGACACGGGGUGGUUGGUGGCCGCAUGGCCACUGUCUCCGUCGCCGGCGAGACCUUUGAGGCCGGAGCCUCCAUUCUCCAUCCCAAAAACUACCACGCCUUGGAGUUCACUAGAUUGCUUAAUCUCACCGUGAGAAAACCAUCCACUUCCAUGUCUUGUUUCUCUUUGGGAAUUUGGGAUGGCCAUAAAUUCAUAUUCAAGACUUUUACCUCGGAUUCCGAAAGUGUGAUCGUCCAAAGCUUUGUUUCACUUGCCAAUUCGAUUAAGAUGUUCCUUCGCUAUGGCCGCUCUCUCUUUCGCAUGACUAAUUUCGUCGAGAGGAUGCUUGGUAAAUUUUUGAAGUAUUAUAAACCAUUUGACAGUCGGCCGGUGUUUGAGAGUGUGGAGGAGAUGCUGAAGUGGGCGGGCCUCUAUGAUUUGACAACUCAGACUCUUGAGGAGGAAUUGGUUGAUGCUGGGUUGUCUCCUCUACUCAUUCAAGAGCUUGUCACGGUGAUCACAAGAAUCAACUAUGGGCAAAGUGUCCGCAUCAGUGGACUAGCUGGUGCAGUAUCUCUGGCAGGGUCUGGGGGUGGCUUGUGGUCAAUUGAAGGAGGGAAUUGGCAAAUGGCGGCCGGACUGAUCAAUCAGUCUCAUGUUGUUUUGGACCCUCACACAGAAAUAGAAUCUUUAUCUUAUGUUUCAGGUCUGUAUGAGCUGAAUUCCACAGAAGGAGAGAGCUAUACAUGCGAGGUAGCAGUCAUUGCUACACCCUUGGAUGAGCUGAAUAUUCAUUUUACACCAGGCAUUUCAAUUCCUGAGAGACAAUUGCAGCACACCUUCACAACAUUUGUUAGGGGUUGCUUAAAUCCUAAAUAUUUUGGUUUCGACAUGGUAUCAGACAUCCCAGAAUUGGUUGGCACCACAGAGACCCCAGGUGUGCCAUUCUCAAGCAUCUCUGUUCUGAACAAGCAUGGGGAGAAAGAUAUGACUUACAAGAUUUUCUCCCGACAACUUAUGCCUGAAGAAUUAUUGAAUCACAUAUUUAGUGUGAGAAAUGAGACCAUCAGAAUAAACUGGGCUGCAUAUCCUCAUUAUCACGCUCCUGAGGUGUUUGCACCAUUGAUAUUGGAUUCCAAAAAUCUCUACUAUGUAAACGCAUUCGAGAAUGCUGCUAGCACCAUGGAAACGAGUGCUGUUUCAGCAGAGAAUAUAGCUCGUCUUAUCCUCUCAAGACUCUCCAGUCAAAACUGUUCAGGUACAUCGGGCCUGAAAAACUUUUGCUCUGAAUACCAAAUGCAUUCAGACCUAUAAGGGUAAGCAUUGCAGCUAUACGGUGUUGCAGAGAUGUAUACACUUAAGUAGAUUAUAGCUCGAAAAGAUGCAAUUAAAUGCAUUUUAAACCUUUAUGACUUAAUUAGAGCAGCUGCUGUAUGUUUGGCAGAGAUAUAUAUGUAUGUGUGUAUGUAUACCUUGUAAGAUAUCUAAUCAAUCAUGAUGUCUAAGAAUAAGUUCAGUGUAAUGCCUGAUCAGUUGAGGGUAACCCAUGUGUUUCAUUUUC